AUGACCACGCCCGGUCAAAAGCUGAUUCAGGAGCUGCAAGGCAUCCAAGCGUUUCUGCGAACACAGCAGAAAUGUCUGGGACAGCACUGGGAUGGUGUGAGGCAAUCUCAGAUGGAGUCAAUGAAGCAAAAGCUUCACAAUUUGUCUGGGAUGUCCAUAGAGGAAAGCACUGAAUGUUCCAAGCUGAUUGGCGAGGGGCCCUGGACUGAGGAGCAAGCCCAGCAGCUUUGCCUCCAGGUCAGCCCAAAGGAGGGGCGCAAGCUGCGCCAGAAGCGGGAAAACCAGGAAUGUGUCAACUUUUCCGCCUUUCUCAGCCAGGGGGAUGUAGCGAUCCUGGAGACUCCGUGCAGUUUGGCUUCCAAACUUCAGCUGGCCGCUGUGAGGUGUGCUUCCAUUGGGCUGCAGUGGCCCAACGAAAGCACUUGCGGACACGUUGUUUCAACACUGCGCCACUUGGGAACUUCCGGCCUUUCUGAUGGGAAGCUGUUCCUGGAGGCGGUGCGUGACUUCAAGCGCUUCCUCAAGAGCGCUUCGAAGCAAUGGCCAUGUGCAGACGGGGUUCACAUCAUCAAAUACCCUGACUCUCCAGCUGGGCUGCCCGAGCCGGUGCGGCAGAAGGCUUAUGCAAACGAUGCGCCCGCUGGCUGCACUGCGCAGCCGUCCGGAUCCAUGGUGCUAAGAAAGUCCAACAAGAUGGCCAGGCCUACUAGCGCAGAAGCGCUUCAGCCCAGCAGUGGCAUUGAGAUGUCCGGGAUCAAUUCGUUGCUGGGCAUGCUCAUGCAAAUGCAGAAUGCGCAGGCUGACGUGGGCUUGAAGAACCUGCAGGUUUUCACGACCAAAGCGGCGCCGGCGUUGCCGCAGCCCGAAAAGUCCGACACGACUCCUGCCGCCAAGGCUUUGACUCCGCCAGAGGAAUCACCUCCCCAGAAUCAGGAACAGCCACUGUCUCCUGCUGAGCAAGCUAAUCAGCUUUCUCAAAGCGGGCUGAAGGAGAAGGAGUUGGUGCCCAUGUGCAGCCGAAGGAGGAGGAUGAAACAAGCAGUCGCCCCCCCAUGA